AUGCAAGUACAAAAUGUGGAUCGUUCCAAGUUCGCUCCAAUGAAGAAUGACUUAAUUUUAAGAGCAGCAUUAGGAGAGAAGGUCGAAAGGCCGCCAUGCUGGAUUAUGAGACAGGCUGGUCGUUACUUGCCUGAAUAUCAUGAGGUUAAAAAUGGCCGUGACUUUUUCGAGACUUGUCAUGAUGCAGAGAUUGCUUCGGAAAUUACCAUCCAACCAGUGAGACGUUAUGCCGGUCUUCUUGAUGCUGCUAUCAUCUUUAGCGACAUUCUAGUGAUCCCACAAGCUAUGGGUAUGAAGGUUGAGAUGCUUGAGGGUAAGGGUCCACACUUCCCAGAGCCAUUGAGGACCGAGGAACAAGUUAAAGAGGUGUUGAACUACAAGGUUAACGUUUUGCACGAAUUGGAUUGGGCUUUCAAGGCCAUCACACUAACUCGUACCAAAUUGGACGGUCAAGUGCCACUUUUGGGUUUCUGUGGUGCGCCAUGGACACUUUUCGUUUAUAUGACCGAAGGUGGUGGGUCUCGUUUGUUCAGAUUUGCCAAACAAUGGUUGAAUGAGUCUCCAGAAUUAUGUCACCAAUUGUUGCAAAAGAUCACCGACGUUGCUGUCGAAUUCUUGUGCCAGCAAGUUGUUGCUGGUUGUCAAAUGUUGCAGGUGUUUGAGAGUUGGGGUGGUGAGCUAGGAUCCCGUGAUUUCGACGAGUUCUCUUUGCCAUACUUGAGACAAAUCGCACAAAGGGUUCCACCAAGAUUAAAGGAAUUGGGCAUCACGGAACGUAUUCCAAUGGUUGUUUUCGCCAAGAACUCAUGGUAUGCUUUGGAUAAACUAUGCGACAGUGGCUACAAUGUGGUAUCUCUUGACUGGUCCUGGAACCCAGAAGAAGCCGUCAAGAUCAACAACAACCGUGUUACUCUUCAAGGUAACUUGGACCCAGGUGUUAUCUACGGUACUGACGAAAUCAUCAGCAAGAGAGUUACAGAAAUGAUCCAUGGUUUCGGUGGUGGUAAGCAACACUACAUCGUCAACUUUGGUCACGGUACCCAUCCAUUCAUGGACCCUGAAAAGAUUAAAUUCUUCUUACAAGAGUGUCACAGAGUUGGUGGUCAAUAG